ACGGAUGCCUUGGGCUAAGCAAUCUUACUUUGAAGGCCGUUGUUCGACAUACAAUUGUUUGCUUAGGAAGAUUGGUACCUACCUACCGUGGUUUUCUUAUGCUUAGUUCUCUAUAUGUCUGCACAGAUUGGGACAUGGUGAUAUAUUAUAAGUCGAUACAUAUCGUGUUACCUGCAGUCUUGCAUUUUAUUAACAUCGUAUCUUAGCUCGCUGGUUUGCUCACAUUGUUGUCGUUUACCGAGUACCGACAAUAUCUUUGUUAGUAACUUAUAAAGUUAACGUCAUACGCUUUGUCUGCUUCGCUGCUGGAAACAAUGAGCUGUGUGAAUGAAGGAAGCCGCAGUGCGUCCCCUCACUGCCCCAAACCAGAUGAAUCAAAGGAGCCACUGGGGACAACCAUGGAGACUGGAAUUUCCAACGAUGUUGGUGCGAAAUCUGUGAACAUGAUGCCUGAAGUGGUUAUUACCAAGGAAAUGGAGGAAGAGGAGAAGCAGCUGAUGAAGGACGGCGAGAGGAAAGAGGAGGAAAUGUUGGAAAAGGCAAGGAAAUCUUCGGAGAGGGAUUCUCAUGACAUACGGUUUAAGAGACUGCAGCAUCUGCUUCAGAAGAGCAACAUCUACUCUAAAUUCCUCCUGACUAAAAUGGAGCAACAACAUAAUGAGGAGAAACUUAGGAAGGAGAAACUUGAAAAGAAUACCAAGAAGAGCACAAACAGUGCAGGACCUGAGAAAGAUAAACAGAAGAAGAGGAGAAGGGAUGAAGAUUACAAAAUAUCAGAUAUCAUGACAAAAGAAGAAAUCAUGUUGGAGGCUAAGAGAGCAAAAAUGGACAGAAGUUGUACAUCUGACUAUAAGGAUGAAGCACCAGCCCAGAAAAAAAUUGAAGCUGAGGAUAUAGAGAAGAUAAGCGAUUCAAACCAGGACAUCAAGAACCGUCUAUCCGAUGUGGUGCGAGACAAGGCCAGGCAUAUCCUGCAUCCUCAAAAAAUGGUAAACGACCAGCUGGUCCCCACCCAGCAGCCAACGCUCUUCACUGGAGGAGUCAUGAGGUCGUACCAGAUUGAAGGUAUCGAGUGGUUGAGGAUGUUGUGGGAGAAUGGUAUUAAUGGGAUCCUGGCUGAUGAGAUGGGACUGGGAAAGACCAUCCAGUGCAUUGCUCAUAUCGCCAUGAUGAUAGAAAAAAAAGUGAAUGGUCCCUUCUUGGUAGUUGCCCCCCUCUCCACUCUGCCCAACUGGGUCAAUGAAUUCAAGCGUUUCACACCAGAGGUGUCUGUACUGCUUUACCAUGGCCCUCAGUCAGAAAGGGCCAAACUGCUAAAGCAGAUCCACAGGCCUCAGGGGCUUGUCAACAUGUGUCCUGUUGUCAUCACCUCCUUUGAGAUCGCCAUGAUUGACAGAAAAUUCCUGCAGCGCUUCCAAUGGAAGUACCUGAUAGUGGACGAAGGUCACCGGAUCAAAAACCUCAACUGUAGGCUGGUGCGGGAGCUGAAGAUGCUGCCCACAGACAAUAAGCUGCUACUGACUGGCACGCCGCUGCAGAACAACCUGGCAGAGCUUUGGUCCCUCCUAAAUUUCCUCCUGCCAGAGGUCUUUGAUGACCUUAAGAGCUUUGAAUCAUGGUUUGACAUCAACACUCUUGGGGAGGCUGAGAGUGUAGUGAAGGCUGAACGAGAGCAGAACAUUCUGAGCAUGUUGCAUCAGAUUCUAACUCCAUUUUUGCUAAGGAGGCUGAAAUCAGACGUGACUCUGGAUGUUCCUCCUAAGAAGGAGAUAAUUGUUUAUGCUCCUCUGACAGCCAAACAGGAGACUUUUUACACUGCUGUGGUCAACAAGUCCAUCGCCAAGAUUCUGGGCCAGGAAAAGACAGAGGCUCCUGUAAUGCUGAUGCCAAGUGGCAGGCCAAAGCGUCAUUGUACAAAGGUGGUGGACUACAAAGAAACGGAUGGAGAAACACCGUACGUCCUGGAGAAAUAUCUGGAUAAGGUCAGCAAGGAACUCAAGCAGAGCUCCCCUCCAGUGCUGGAUGUCCAUAGCCCACUGGAUGCUCAGAUAAACUUGAAGCUGCAAAAUAUUCUCAUGCUACUUAAGAGAUGUUGUAACCACCCAUACCUAAUAGAGUACCCCCUCGACUCCGCCACACAGGAGUACAAGAUUGAUGAGCAGCUGGUGCAAAGUUCCGGGAAGUUUCUCAUCCUGGAUAGACUGCUUCCUGCACUGAAGAAAAGGGGACACAAGGUUCUGAUCUUCAGUCAGAUGACCUCCAUCUUGGAUAUACUAAUGGAUUACUGCUAUUUGCGGGGCUUCCAGUAUAGCCGACUGGAUGGCAGCAUGUCUUACUCCGACAGAGAUGAAAAUAUUAACAAGUUUUCCAAAGAUCCAGAGGUAUUCCUGUUCCUGCUGAGCACCAGAGCAGGAGGACUUGGGAUCAACCUCACAGCUGCCGAUACAGUCAUCAUCUUUGACAGCGACUGGAACCCCCAGGCAGACCUGCAGGCGCAGGACCGCUGUCACCGCAUUGGUCAAACAAAACCAGUGUUGGUGUACCGCCUCGUCACAGCCAACACCAUUGACCAGAAGAUCCUGGAGAGAGCCUCGGCAAAGAGGAAGCUGGAACAGAUGGUCAUUCACAAGAAUAAGUUUAAAGGCGGGAAGGCAGAGCUGAACCAAAGUAAGAGCUGCAUUGAUCUGGAUGAUCUCAUGCAACUGAUCAAAAACAGAGACACUGAGAAGCAGAUGAAAGCAUCAAGGGGGAAGGUGAUCAGUGACAAGGACCUGGAGAUUUUGCUGGAUCGCAGUGACAUGCUGGGUGAGGAGACUCAUGAAUCUGCAGUUUUUGACAAAGAAAAGGGGAUCUUGAACAAAGAGAAGGUUGGAGUCUUCAGAGUAACUGAUGCCAAAGAGUCUUCAGAAAUCUCGCUGACCUGAGAACAUAUUCAGAUGUGACCAUCUGACCACAUUCCUUGAGGAGAGAAAUCAAGCUAAACUCUGAGGGCUAACCGCUUCUGAUACUAGUAGUAGAGACUGAAACUGCUUUUGAUGUUAAUAUGUGUAUUUUCUCUGUUUGUUAAUUGGCUUGAUAAUACUCCGUUUAAUGAGCUUUGUUGAACAUUGUCAAUGCCAGUGAGAUUUAGAUUUUAAUGCAUAAGAUAAUCUUAAACUGUUCUAUGAUUGUUACCAUGUAUCUGUUUGACAAGGCAAAGCUGCAGUCACGUGAUCCAGUUGGUUAGGCCUCUUUAUUAAAAUUCAAAACCCUAUAACUAUGGUUAACAAUGUUUGGUUUUAUAACUUUAUUGUCAUAUGCGGUGAUGUGUGUAUGCAGUCACAUAUACAAUACUUUUUUUAUACUAUGUAUUUUUUUUCAAAUGGGAUCUCUAUCCACCUGGCCUUGGUGAGCAUUAAGAUCUACACCAGCUUUGAAAUCAACUGAGCCAUGCCUUCCUCUGUACAACAUACUAUUGUCUGGGAGAUAUUAUCUUCCCAACCAUCAUACUGUUUCUUUUCUUGUGGUCCUGUUCAAUAGACAUGUAGGCAUAAUGAUGGACGAGUGGAUGAGACCCAUUUAGAAAAGGAUCUAAGAAUCUUGCCUUGGUGAAGUGAGUUAAAAAUGUACUGUACUUAAUAAAAUAAUUGUUGCCAAUUAAUUUAAAUUGAGUUAAUUGCAGCAAUAUUGUUGCUACCAACGAAUGCUGUAGCCUAUUCUCAGUGAGUUGCAAUUUAAGAACCCACUGGUGCUUUGGCCAUACUACACCUUUUUACUAUAUAAAAAGGUGAAUACAGUUCUGCAAAGCACAAAUAAGUCAAUAUUACGACCUAGCACAGCCUAGGCUAAACUAAAUAAGUAUGCAGCUACUUUAAAGAGUCAUUCAGCUGACUUUACUGGUCUCUAAGACAUCUUGUUUCUGUACCAUUUUGGCUAAAAACAUUCCUAAACAAACAUUCAAUUAUCAGAGGUUUUUGUUUUUCAAAUUAUUAAACGUUAUGUUUGAAGGAAAGUGGAAAUUAAGUACAUCUCAUAUCAAGCUAAAGUUUCUGGAAAUGAGAAUAUACUGUACAUUUACUUUAAGAUAAGAUUCCUGCUUUCCUUUCAUUUCUUCCAAACGUAGAUUACCCUUAAAAUGUUGAUACAUCUAAUAAUAUUAGGGACUGUAAUUUCUCAUGUUUUUAUUUAGAAUAUUAGUGUUCUAUUGCACAUCUGUACUUCUUUUUACCCCUUGGUUGUUUUUUCCUCUCUUUAACAGGGUACGUACGGUCAUGGAAAACAUGGAAAAGUCAGGGAAUUUUAAGUGUUUUUCCAGGCCUGGAAAAGUCAUGGAAAAAAAUUCUCCCAAAAGUCAUGGAAAUUUGUUAUAUUAAUAUUUCAUGUUGUUCAUUUUAGGGAUGGGCAUAAUUUAUAGAAGAUGAGUUUUGUCUGACAUUAUUUUUUUCAUGGAUUAAAACUUGCAUGUUCUCUACAUGGCAGGACGUCGGAAUAUCCGAGUUGCCUUGAACGCAGCACAGCGAGGACGUUAGCAGUUGGAGAAAUACUUGAGUUUGUGUAAAUAAGGUAUACUGUAUCCCUUGGAAUUCUCAUUGUUAUUUUGAAUACUACAUUGUCACUUUUUUGCGAAUACACCGAAAUUUCACAAUGUUCGGUCAUGGAAAUUUGGUUAAAAGUCAUGGAAAUCCAUUGGUCAAAAUGUGUAUGAACCCUGCUUUAAGUUAUCACUCCACCAGCAUAAAGUAGGAAAUCACCUAAGAUGCAGUAGUGCAGGGUUUAUUCAGUCCCAACAGAUGCACUGAACUCUGUGAUUCUCUGGAGGAUGUGCAUGUGUGAACCCAAUUUUCCGAGUGAGAGGCUCUGGAUUAUCUAUGGACUUUCUCUGCCUAGCCCCCAGGUAUAAAGUCUGCAGAUCGCUGGAGAAUCGCCUGCUGGAAUUACAGUGACAAGAGUGGUUGAUGAAACUUCUAACAUUAGAAAGGCACAACAAAGAAGAAACCCUAUAUCUACCAGUGAAAAAGCAAUAGCAUACAUGUACAAGACACAGAUGAAGAUGUUAAGAGUUUGUGGUGAUUAGAGCUGACAGUGUCUGUGUUGUCAAGAAAAUCUUGUGAUCUCCGCAUCAUUACAUCCUGCCUCUAUGCACCACUUCAUGUGUGAAUAAUGCGAAAUGUGUGCUGUUAUGAAUGUAUCUAUGCAUAUCUGAACUGCUUCACACGCUCUGUUGAUGCUAAUUGGUUGAUUGGCUACGUUUUUGUUUCCUGAAGUCUAGUACCAGUUCUGUUCUUUUUAGGUUAACCCAGAGUUUGAGCUUUAAAAAUUUGGUGGUUGCAAAUUUUUUUCAGAAUGUUGCUGUUUUGUUUUAGACUUUAUUCACAGAGUGUUUAACUGCAGUUUGUAUAGAUAACCAUCUUGACCAAACAAUCGUUGUGCCUUUUAACUUUUGUGUUUUACUGCAGUUUUUGUAAAUGAGUAGUAAUAUACUAUCCAUCUUAAACAAAAAUAAAGUUUUGGCCUUUAUUCAA